CCUUGUACUGCAGAUCAUCUCCAGUUAUCCUUGUUGGUUCACAUCCAGACUCUCCAAGAUGUCUUUCUCCUCCAGAUCCUACAGCCAGAGGUCCGUCGGCCAGAACACCAUGAGUGUCUACGGUGGUGCGGGAGGUCAUGGCACCCGCAUCUCCACACCCCAGAUUGGCUACUCAUCCAAUGCAGGAGGCUACAACAUCUCUGAUUACCAUGACCUCAAGGUUGAUGCCAACGAGAAGUUUGCGCUUCAGAACCUGAAUGACCGUCUGGCCUCCUACCUUGAGAAGGUGCACGAGCUGGAGAAAGAGAACGACCGCCUGGAAAAGCAGAUCAAAGAGUGGUACACGAACAAAACUGUGAUCACCCAUGAUUACACUGCCUACUUUGCCACCAUCGCUGACCUGCAGGAUAAGAUCCGAGCUGCUUCCACACAUAAUGCAAAGAUCUACCUGGAAAUGGACAAUUCCAAACUGGCUGCGGAGGAUUUUAAAACGAAGUAUGAGAACGAGCUUAGCAUGAGGCAGGCUAUAGAGGUCGACUGCGCUGGACUGAGGAAGGUGUUGGAUGAACUCAGCCUGUGCAGAAUGGAUCUGGAGAGUCAAUAUGAGUCCCUGAAGGACGAGCUCGUGAUGAUGAAGAAGAGCCACGAGGAGGAAUUGAGUCUGGUGAGGACUCAGGUGGGUGGCCAGGUUAAAGUGGAGGUGGAUGCUCCUCCGCCCACAGACCUGCAAACGGUCAUGACGGAGAUCAGGGAUCACUACGAGGGCGAUAUUGCCAAGAAUCGUAAGGAACUUGAGCUGUGGUUCCUGAAACAGAGUACAGUGGUUGAGAAGGAUGUAGAAGUAAAUUCAGCCGGUCUCGAGGCAUCCCGCCUUGAGAUUAAAGAACUGAAAGACAACCUGCAGAAACUUCAGAUUGAAUAUCAGUCGUGUUGCAGUAUGAUAUCCUCUCUGGAAGCAACUCUGCACGAGACUCAGGGACAGUAUGCUGCCCAGCUGGCAGGUCUCCAGGACACAGUCACAGGCCUGGAAGCUCACAUGUCAAAUCUCAACGCCACUAUUAAAGAAAAUAAACUGAAGUACGACUCGCUUCUGGAUCUCAAGACCCGUCUGGAGGCAGAGAUUGCAGAGUACAGGAGGCUGCUUGAAGGGGAGGACGACAGUCACAGCUCAAAACAAGUGAUCACAAAGACAAUUGUUGUGGAGGAGACAAUCGUGAACGGCAAGGUGGUCACUUCCACUAAAAGUGUGGAUGUGGAUGUGGAUCAAAUUGAGUAAAAAUAAGAAAAGCUUCAAGAAAAUGCAAUAAAGGUUCUUCAGUAAAAUCAAA